UUUUAAUUUUCGAUUCGUUCAAAAAAUAUUGUGAUUUGCUGUUGCAGCUGCAUUUAUUUAUUUUUGUGGCUAAUUUAUUUCAAAAAGGAUGUCGGCUGCAGGGGAAUCUCAGACAGCAGAAUACCAACAGAGGAGAUGGCAGAACAUAAGAAAAUUGUUGGAGAGGUCUGGGCCGUUUUGCCAUCCAGAUUUCGAGCCGUCUGCCGAGAUUUUAGACUUUAUCAUGAACUCUUGCAAGGUUCUAAUAGUUGGAGCCGGUGGACUUGGUUGUGAACUCCUCAAGGAUUUAGCUCUGAUGGGUUUUAAAAAGAUACAUAUUAUAGAUAUGGAUACUAUUGAACUGUCCAAUUUAAACAGACAGUUUUUAUUUAGAAAGAGUGAUAUUGGCUCUUCUAAAGCUAAAUGCGCCGUGGAAUUUGUUAAUAAAAGGGUUCCAGGUUGUGAAGCGGUGGCUCAUCAUUGUACCAUCCAGGAUAUGGAUGAAGGAUUCUACCGUCAAUUCCACAUUGUGGUUUGUGGUCUUGAUUCCAUAGUUGCUAGACGGUGGCUGAACGGAAUGUUAAUGUCUUUGCUUCAGUAUAAUGAUGAUAGUAGUUUAGACCAGUCCAGCGUAAUUCCUCUAGUGGACGGUGGUACAGAAGGGUUUAAAGGCAAUGCCCGUGUGAUCCUGCCAGGGUUGAGUGCCUGCAUUGAGUGUACCUUGGACCUGUACCCACCACAGAAGACAUAUCCUCUAUGUACCAUUGCCAAUACUCCAAGAUUACCAGAACACUGCAUUGAAUAUGUGAAGGUCCUCCAAUGGGCUAAGGAGAACCCCUGGGGUAAUACUGUUCAAAUCGAUGGAGAUGAUCCCCAACAUGUGGCAUGGGUUAUGGAGAAGGCCCAGGAGCGAGCCGUGAAGCAUGGUAUCUCUGGUAUAACGUACAGGCUUACACAGGGAGUGUUGAAGAAUAUAAUACCCGCUGUAGCCAGUACUAAUGCUGCAAUUGCUGCUGCGUGCGCUACUGAGGUGUUCAAACUAGCGUCCUCUUGUUGCGCAAAUAUGAACAACUACAUGGUGCUAAAUAUGGCCGAUGGUGUGUAUACGUACACUUUCAAUGCGGAGCGACGAACGGACUGCGUCGCCUGUAGUAAUACUAAGCGCACAAUGGAAGUCGAACCGAGUGCUACUCUGCAAACUAUUUACGACCAGCUAUGUGAAAAUCCUGGUUAUUUGAUGAAAAGUCCAGGUAUAACAACGGUUAUCAAUGGGCGCAAUAAAACAUUGUAUAUGGCAUCAAUCAAGAGCAUCGAAGAGAGGACUAGAGAUAACUUAAAGAAGAAAGUAACUGAACUAGGCUUGUUCAAUGGCGCAGAAAUUCUGGUUGCUGACGUCACCACACCCAACACUGUUACUAUAAAACUAAAAUUCACCGAAAAUAUGGAUGUGGAAUCAACUCGAUAAUAUUUUUACAUACCUGCAUAAAAUUACGCGUUGUCUAUUUCGCGUUGGGAAGGCAGACACCACGGAGAUCCACUUACAAGGACCCUGACCCACACUUUCGCUUCAUCCACUCUCAUAAAAAAAGUCAUAAAUCAUUUUACAUUGUUUUUUUAUUAUAUUGAAUUCUAACUUUCGUAGUGUUUCAUUUACAAAUAUAGAGUCAUUCUAUAAUCUGUUCUUAUUCCAAAAUAAUUUCUCUAUUCUUAAGGUGGUUGUAAAAUUGCUGCCUGUGAAAUAAGGCCGCUUUUUGUGCCUUUCUGUAAUUUUAUUUUCUAUUUAUGUAGUGUGUUCCUUGUGCUCAUUAAAGUAUAAUAUUGUAUUGUAAU